AUGUUGAGCCCUCAAAUCAUAGCGGACAAGCUCCAAUUGGUUCUGAAGAAGAUGAGGGAGACAGAAGACGAGUUGGAGAAUGUCAAUGAUCGCCUGAAGUUUGUGGAGGAGCAGCUGGAGGCUGCCUCAACUGAGGAGAUGCACAACCGCGUGAGCAGAGAGAUGGAGUUGGCGAUUCGGCAUAAGAUAAACUUACUGCGGCAGAUGGUAGACCUAUCGCGGCAAGAGAACAUCCUGCGGCAAAAGAAGGACAGUCGCUACCGCCAUGCGGCUCCCUCGGUAGAGCGGUUCUGGAAGAAGUUACCGUCGGCAACGUUCUUGUGCGACGCUGUUGAGCCGCCAGACAAGGAGGCAAUCACCGUAAUGGUGUCAUCACCCUGCAAUAAUAACUACAAUGAUUACGUCAAGCGAGGUGCCAUGCGGCUGUGGAUGGGCCCCUGGUCCUUGUCGGAGCUGAAGGUGGCGCGUGAGGCGAUGUUCCCUUCGGUCGAUGUGGAUGAAGUACUGCGGCUUUAUGCCCGCUGGGGCGGCAUCCCGCGCUUCGUCUUGGAAUGUGCAAACAAUUCAUCCAUGCAGGAGCAGUUUGACGAGGCGAUAGCAGUAGCAAGUCCGGAACUGAUAUAUAGGGCAGUGGGCAAUAUUGAGGCUGCGCCGGCUGUUAGUCACAAACUGCUUCACAUCCAGGUGGACGAGGAGUGCAAUAAGGUAGGCCUGGUCUUUGGCUCAGAGGAAAUCAGGCUGCGCUUGCGGCAGCUGCUGAUGCACUCUGCAUGGUUGGGCGAGCUUCUUCUCUGGUCCGCUGGCAAGUCGGAACUGGCCUCGCUGAGGGGCCAGCUGUUCGAGUGUGCAGCCCAGGAAGCCCUGAGUAAGGGCGGCAUGUUUCGCGUGCGCAGCCUUUCCAAUCCAGGACAGCGGCUCAGUCCUCUGAAGGUGCCACGAAUGGAGCUGAAACUAGUGCAGGACAGCGACCUAAAAGAAAUGAACCUUCAAAAUUCAAAGUCAGGGCUUCUGAUGGUGCCAGUGGCGAAGAAUUUCCCAGCCGUGGACAGCUUUCUUUUUUUGCCAGCCAGUGGCCGCAGGCCAAGACAGUUGCUGUUCAUCCAGGUGACCGUCGCAGCCCAUGCGCAUCCUAUCAACGCAUCGGCAUUGAAUAGCGCCAUACAGAAGCUGUCAGGGAGCCUUCAGCGGGUCAAGUGCAACCUGUACUUUGCAGUGCCACCUGACCAGUUCGACUCGUUCACGAAGCAGCACGUUGAUGGGCCUGAGAAGCUGGUGGACACUAUGCAUAUGGAGCAAUUUGCGAUUGAGAUCCCGCUACCUGCCAACUGUCUGGCCACCUCUCAGCGGGCAUCUGCCACCUGCCCGCCGCUGGCCGAGCCUGGCGUGGAGGUGUUUGCGAUUAACCAGUGA